GAAGCGCCUCCCACGCAUGAAAGAUCAGAAAGGGACAGUUAAACCCGUGUUUUCUAUCAUUCAGCGUUUGACAGGUGAUACAGGGUGUUCUCCUCGGCUUGUACUUGUUUUGUUUUUAUUUUUCGUCGUACAAACUUGAUCAAAAUGGGUUUUCUUUUGACCAAGAUGAUGGCUGUGUUCGGAGACAGAGAACACAAAGUCAUCGUUGUGGGUUUGGACAACGCCGGGAAGACAACCAUCCUUUACCAGUUUCUAACGAAAGAAGCCGUCCACACGUCCCCCACCAUCGGCAGCAAUGUAGAGGAGAUCAUUGUUCGGAACACGCACUUCAUGGUUUGGGAUAUUGGAGGGCAGGAGAGUCUGAGAGCCAGCUGGUACUCCUACUACAGCAACACAGAGAUCAUCCUUUUGGUGGUGGACAGCACUGACCGUGAAAGGCUGCCGAUAACCAGAGAUGAGCUCCACCAAAUGCUUGCACACGAGGAUCUACAGAAUGCAGCGGUGCUUAUUCUAGCAAAUAAACAAGACAUGAAGGGCUCCAUGACAGUAGCAGAGAUCUCCCAGUGCCUCACACUCAACUCUAUCACAUCACACCCCUGGCAUGUCCAGGCCUGCUGCGCCCUAACAGGAGAAGGUCUACCUGCCUGCCUAGAUUGGAUGAAAUCACAGGUUGUGGUAAACUGAUGCCACUUCCAGUGACUGAAACUUCCUUGAACCGCGCCAACCUUCGCACUUUUGUGUGUGUUGAAAGUGUUUACUGUGUGUGUGAUGGCAUCUGUAACAGAGAGUAGUCUCCACGCCUUCUGCGUGUUUGUGUGGGAGUAUUCAAAAUGGAUGCAUGAAUAUUACAAUGACCAGGACGUUUUAUGCUAUUUUAGUUUGUUUAUGCAGUUCUCUUUCUUGUAACUGUGGAAACACGCACUACUAGGAACUGUUUUUGUUCCGUACAGUGUGAUGAGGUGCUUUCAGAUUGGACGCCCCACCUGACAAGUUGUAUCACAUUCCACUUUGUGUCAUUUUUGGUACGAAGCAAAGGUUUGUGACAUUCAGGGAAAUUUUAGCGUCUUUGUUUCAUGACAGAAACUGAGGUUUUUCCACUGGUGCUGAAAACCAAACAGCAAAAGAUGGCACAGCAUUACCAGAUCAGCAAAUUGUUGCGGUCCGCACUAAACCAUACUCUGACAUUUAAAAAGUUGUUAAUCUGAUGGUCUGAUUACAGAGAAACCCGUCUCUGGAACAGUUAAGAUCUUAUCACGACCUUUAACAUUCAUUUGUUAUCUUUCUCAUUAUACUUGAACUAUUCCUAGACCUUGCACUUUUAAGACCUUCAUUCUGCCUUGUAUUAAUUACUACCGCACUGGGAUAAAUAUAGACCGUAAACAAUGUGAAGUUGUGAGCACAGGUUAUAGUCCAUGUGGCCUUAACCAUUCUAAAACCUGUGUUGAAAAAAAUAAUGCAAAAAAUGUUAUGCCACAGAACAAAAUGAGUUUUACCAAACUAUGUUUUCUAAAUGUAUUAUUAAUGGGCUCUUUAAAUGUAUUCUGUACAUUACAGUAAUUUCCUGCAUUGGAAAGGAGCUAGCUGCUAAAUACUUAAAGAUUUAAUUAAAAACGUAUUUUUUGUACAUUUUUUUUAAAUAAAUGUUAAUAUUGUUCUUAAUAAAAUGUGCUUUUGUCCA